GCUCGAGCGCACGCGCUUGUGCCUGGGCGGCGGUGCUAUGCGCGGCCACUGAGCGCCAAGGAGGUUGCGCCUCCUGCCCUGAUGUUCGAGGAGGCCCCGCCGCCCACAUUUGGGGCCGCGGGCGCGAGGAUCGGACCAGCGUGCGCCCAGGCGUCAAGGAGGAGCUGCCCAAGCAGCGGCGCCUCUCGGGAGUCUCCCUGGCCGAGGCCCCGCGCUCGCGGCUGUCAUCGCGCAGGCAUUCGCGGAGCCCCUCGCGGCCCCCCUCCGCCGGCUCCUUCUGCGCGUUCGCGGAGGAGCGCGCGGCGGUGUUCCGGCUCGCGAAUCCGCUGCCCUACUUCACCAGGGUCGGCGGCAAGUUCGAGACGCGGCGCAUGCACGAGUGGAGCUCCACUCACUUCACCGCGUGCCGCCUGAGGACCUCGGGGGACUACGGACAUGCUGCUGGACGCCGCGAUGGAGGCGGAGGUGGAGCGCGUGGCGGCGCACCUCGCGCGCACGCGCGAGCAGUACCUCAAGGAACGGACCCGCGCGGCAACCACGAUCCAGAAGGCGGCGCGCGGCCGGCAGGGGCGCAAGCGUGCGGAUGCGGCGCGGGCGCUCGGGCAGCGCAGGCAGGAGGCGGCGGUGCAGAUCCAGCGCGUCGCGCGCGGCCGCCUUGCCCGCGGCCGCGUCGCCGAGCUGCGGAGGAGAAGGCGGCGGCCCCUGCCAGCCGGCGAGGGGACAGGCCGAGGAAGAGGCGCGACCCCCUCGGGGUGCACGACGUCGUCCAGAACCGCAACAGCGGCCGGCGCCGCACCAGCGUGUCACGCUCGCCUGCUCCCGCCGGCGGCGCCCGCGUCAGCGCCCGCGGGGGCUCGCCGACGGCGAGUUCCCGCGGUGGUUCACCGCGGGCCAGCGCCCGCGGGGACCUGUCGCCGGGGCGGCGCAGCCAGUUCUCCGGCGGGCCCGACUCCCCUGCGAGCUCCCGGCGCUCCCCGGGGUCCCGGCGGAACAGCGGCGCUAGCGGCCGCUCGCCCAAGGGCGGCCGCCGCGGCAAGGGCAGCACGCACGCCAGCGAGCCGCCGCCGGAGCCCGAAGGGAACAGCGGCCAUCUGUGGGCCCAGGCUGCUGCAGGCGUUCGAGGCGAACCCGCCGGUGCUGCAGAAGGUGCGCGCGUCGCUGAGAGUCCGCCGCUCGCGGCGCUGUCGCUCGAGCACUCCGCGCUCGCCGCUGCGGGCGCGGUCAGCCUGGCCAAGGCGCUGCUGCGGAACACCUCCCUCGUGCUGCUGGAGCUCAAGGGGAACUUCAUCGGCGACGCUGGCGUGCAGCGCAUCGUGGCCGCGCUCGAGGGAAGCCCUGGCCUCGCGCGCCUGGGGCUGAGCUGGAACUGCAUCGGCGACGCCGGGGGCAUGCGCGUUGCGGAAUCCGUCGGCAGGCUGCAGGGCCUCCGCGACCUCGACCUCUCCUACAACCGCAUCGGCGACGCCUCCACCGACAUUAUGUGCAUGGCCAUGGAGGCCUCCUUCUCCCUGAAGCAGGCGGACCUGCGCAGCAACCAGUUCGGGCCCGACUCUCAGGGACGCCUGCUGGAGGCCUGCGCUGGAAAGGUGGCGCUGCACCUGGAGGGGGAGCCCCGCGCGCUCCACGUCGCGGCCCAUAAGGCCGAGGCCAAGCAGAGGGCGCCGCGGGGUGCCCGCGGCGGCGGGCCCAGGAGGGGCGUCGCUGUCGCCGGCGCCGUCGGGCCGCCGGGGCUCGCGUGCGAGUCAGAUGCGGUGAGGCCGCAUCGCCGCGCUCGGGCCACGACGACGACGACGAAUCACGACGACGCCGUCGUUCUCAGGAGGAGGACUACCCGCCGCGCCUCGAUCGCUCGGUAGCAAUCCCAGGUUCUCUCGCGACCUGGCCCCUUGCCGAAGGCAUCCGCGGGCGGGAACGCGAAGAAAAGGCUCGCUGCGAUUGUCCGCCAUCUGCCGUG